AUGGGCACGCGGCAGAGCGCGAGCAUUUACUUCAAGCAUCUCGUCAAUAAGUCGUGGACGCAGCGCGAAGGCGCGACGGCGACGACGGAGACGAAUCCGAUCUUGGACGAGGGCGACAAAGCGGCGGUUCGACGCGUCGCGCUGGAGGCGAUCGCGAACACGCCGAGCAAGGUGCGAAGUCAGCUCGUGGAGGCGGUGCGAGUGAUCGUUCAUCAUGAUUUCCCCGGGCGUUGGCCGGAGGUGGCGAAUCAGGUGCUGGAUGGGUUGAACGCCGCGUCGUCGAGCGAGAGCGGAAAGCUGUGCGGGACGGUGUUGGUGUUGCACGCGCUGUGUCGAAAGUAUGAGUUCAAGGCGGUGGAUGAGCGAGCAGACAUCGAAGAGAUGAUACGCGUGGUGUUUCCAAAGUUGCUGGAGAUUUUGAAGGCGUUGCUUGCGUAUCAAGGCCCGCCGGACACGGAAUUGGAGGAGUUGAAGAAGGCGAUUUGCAAGACGUACUUGAGCGCAACGUAUCUUAACGUCGGACCGUCUUUGCGCGAGGAAGGGACGUUUCGGGAAUGGAUGGCGGCGUUUCACGCGAUCAUCACCGCGCCAGUGCCGACAGAGAAUAUGCCGACGGACGAUAAGACUGAGUUGAAACAUUGGCCGUGGUGGAAGACGAAGAAGUGGGCGAUGCACGUCGUCAAUCGGAUGUUCAAUAGAUACGGCAACUUGAAAAAGUGCCAACCUCACGACAAGGCUCAAGCGACGGUGUAUCGUGACAAAUACGCUGGACACUUUGUGACAGUAUACAUCCAAUUACUGAGCUCCCUCGCCACGGGUGCGGUGAUGCCCGACCGAGUCGUCAAUCUCGCCGUGCACCAUCUCUCCACGGCGUUGGGGGUUCCGACGAUGUACAAGCACAUGGAGCCGCACCUCGAUGCAAUCUUCCAGCAAAUCGUAUUUCCAAUGCUAUGUUUCAGCGCUGAGGACGACGAGCUGUGGAAGGAUGAUCCCCAAGAGUACGUUCGAAAAUCACAAGAUCUCAUAGAAGACAUGUAUUCGCCACGAACCGCGGCGUGCAGUUACACACAAGAAUUGGUGAUUACCGGCAGGCGUCUGAAGGAAAACUUGCCAAAGGUGUUAGGCGCGAUGGUUCAAAUAUUCACCAAAAACUCUUCCAGCGUCAGAUCCGGGCCGAUGGACGCUAGAGCGCGAUACGAACUCGAUGGCGCGCUGCUCGUCAUCACCACCCUGUCGCAACUUUUAUCCACGCACCCGGAUUACGCAAAGGAAAUCGAAGGUAUGCUCAUGACGCAUGUUGUUCCGGCAUUUGGUUGUGUACAUGGUCAUAUUCGCGCCAAGGCGGUAUCGUGCGUAUCAAAGUAUUCGGAUAUCACGUUCCGAGACCAGAAUAACUUUAUGCAGCUGUUUUCGAGCGUCGUAAAUGCGAUGAAGGAUCCCGAAAUUCCGGUGAGGUUCGAGGCAGUCGUUGGGCUCGGAGCUUUUGUGCAAGCCACAGACGACGUGAGCGCGCUGAAGGGUAUUCUACCACAGUUGUUAGACGAGUUUUUCAAGCUCAUGAACGAAGUGGAGUCGGAAGAUGUUGUGUACACGCUUGAAACAAUCACCGAAAAGUUUGGCGAAGACAUCGCGCCCUUCGCUUUGGGCAUGACGCAGAACCUCGCCGCAGCGUUCUGGAAGGUUGUGCAAGAAGCUGAAGGAAAGGAUGACGAUGAGUACGGCAUGAUGGCAUGCAUGGGAUGUCUGCGCGCCAUGUCGACGAUUCUCGAAUCCGUUUCUAGUUUACCGCACAUGUACCCCGAACUUGAAGCCGCCGUGUUCCCAAUUUUGCAUAAAAUGAUUAGCGAAGAAGGAUACGACGUGUUUGAGGAAGUUUUGGAGAUAUUGUCCUACCUAACGUAUUUCACUCCGGUCGUGACACCACGCAUGUGGGAACUCUGGCCGCUGAUGAUGCGCAUGAUGGAUGACUGGGCGCUGCAAUAUUUCGAGAAUAUGCUCAUUCCGCUCGACAACUACAUCAGUCGAGGCACGGAGCACUUUCUCACCCCUGGCUCGAGUUACGUGGAAGAUACGUAUAAGCUGUGCGAAAAGGUAUUAGGAGGCGAUUAUCCCGAGCCCGAUUGCUUGCCAGCGCCAAAGUUGAUGGAGUGCGUGAUGACGAAUUGCCGCGGCCGCGUCGACGUCGUCAUCGAACCGUACGUGAACAUUGCACUUGCGUGGAUUGGCUCAUGAUGACUUACGCGCAUGCACUUCAUUAUAACGCAUCGCUUGCGCUGGCAGCGACGAACCGAACUGGCAAAACGAACGAAGUGUUCGCGUUGUGGUCGAACAUGCUCGCCGAGCGCAGGAAGAGUGGAGAACGUAAAAACUUCACCUCUGAACACGCCAAGAAAGUUUGCGCGUUGGGACUCAUGGCGCUUUUGCAAGCGCCGGCAGAGUCGUUAACACCUGAGAUUCGAGGUGCGCUCGGAGGUAUUCUUGACACGCUCAUCUCUUUACUCGAAGAUUUGCGAUUGCAAAUCACGGAGCGCAAGUCGGAUGAAGCGAGCGGCAAGAGUAGGCAUCAAUGGAAUGGCCUUGGCCUCUUCGACGGCGAAGACGAAUACGAGGAACACAACUUUGACGAAGAGGACGAUGAUGGAGAAAUGCACUUUGACGCGACGACGCUCCGCGCGUUGGCGAAGCAAGCGCAAGACGCUGAUCCGUACUCUCGCGCCGGCGACGUCGACUCAGAAGACGACGAGCAUUUCUUCUUCGACGACGAUGACGAUUCGUGCCAAAGCCCGCUAGACGACAUUGACACGUUCAUCGUAUUUUCGGAGUGCAUGAAUCAGUUGCAUCGCACCGGUAGUCUCAAUCCGAGCGCUGAAUCUCAUUCAAAAUUGCAGGAGUUGAUCAAUCACGCCGCGAUUCGUGCCGAAGAGUUCCCUCGAGAGCGCGCGGAGGCGAAGAAGGAAUCACACGGCGUGUCUGGUAGUUGAACGAGUACCAGCAUACCGGCGGUACGUUAGACUGAUAAUUAUGUGAAUAUACUUAGUA